AUGGAAACCAGUGACGAGCAAAUAACCCCCACAAAAGCUGUCCCCCGUAAUCAGAUAGCGACAAAAACUCCGAAUUCAUGCAGAAAAAGAACACCCAGCGCUGGUAAAGAGUUUUUCUACAGAAGGCAAAACCGUUUGCUCAGAUCUGAACUAGCAGCCGCGUUGCGAAAAUGUACCAACCUUGAGAAGAUUAUCAUCGAACUUAGGACGCUGCUCGAGGAUGAACGCGAGAAAACCAUGCAACCGGUUGAUCAGGAAAAUUCUCAAAACGAACUGCUUGUUGGUUUGCAACAAAAGCUGCAUGAAUCAUUAGAACAAAAUAAAAUCCUCGUAAAGAAAAUGGCAUCCAAAAAAAUCGAAUGCUCAAACUACGUUACCCACAACGAAUUCCUACAAUCCCGCCAUUCGGUUAUGCAUAGAAACACGGAAAUUUUGCAGCAGAACAUUUCGGAACUGACCCGGGACCUCGUUUACCGAAAGCAGAUCAACGAGGAUCUCCAGAAAAGGGUCUCCGCUGUGAGCAGUAAGGCGAAUAUUAUGCAAACCAAAUUGAACGAAGCGAUGGAAGAAAAUGGAAUUCUGAAGAAGCAGGUUGAACGUUUGGAAAAAACUCGCUUGGAACUUGCGCGACAUCACGAUUCACGGAUGUCAAACUUGAUAUUGAAAGCCGAAGAGCUUCUGGAGCUGUUGGAAAAGGAAAGACUUUUUAAUCCGAAUUUGAAAAGGGGGGAAAUAGGGAACGUUUGAAUUCUAUCAAGCUCGAUGAUUAUUUUGUUUUUAUAUUAUUUCAGUGUGUUUUUGUUAUUGAAGCUGAUUUAUUUAUUUAUUUCGUUU